AUACGACACAUACCAAAAUUAUUAAACUAAGUCAAUUAUGGACUCCAAACUAGUAUUAUUAAAUUUUCCAUAUAAUGAAUUGUCUCUGCAAUUUAAAUCAUUAUCCCCAAGCAGGCUCCACAUUGUAACCGUUAAAUCCGCAAUUUCAAAACAUCCCGACCGUUGCUAGAGCCACCAAAAAGAAAAAACUAGCCGUUACCCUGCUUUUUGUCCAUUUACUUUGCAUCCACCGAAUUUCCAUUUCUAUCAUCACACAUUAUCCCAACACAUACUCGCGCUUUGUUGAUUGAACCAAACCCUAGUUCACUAAAUUGAAAUCGUCCCAGUUCUCUCUCUCUCUUCGUACCACAAAGCGCACACAAGCUGUUUGAUUUUUUGGCCAAAACAAACCCAAUUUUUUUUUCCCCUUAAAGAUUUGAAACCAGCAUUUUAGAUUUAGAUUUGAAAAGGGUUGCAUAUGGCUUCAAGAACCGCGACCAAAGAUAUCAUCACUCUCCGUGGAUCGGCGGCGAUUGUUAGCGAAUUCUUCGGUAUGUACCCAGUGUCUUUGAAUUUCUCUGCCCUUUUUUUUUUUUGUUUUGAAUCUUCAUUUUCUUUUUUGGGUUUUCUCGGGAUCUUUGAAAUUUUGAUUGAUCUUGUAUUUCUCUGUGAACCCUUUUCAGGUUAUGCUGCAAACAGUAUUCUAUAUAAUCGCGGAAUCUACCCUGAAGAAAGUUUUGUAAAGGUGAAGAAAUAUGGGCUCCCAAUGUUGCUUACACAAGAUGAGGGUGUUAAAACCUUCAUUGCAAAUUUAACCGCCCAAAUUUCAGAAUGGCUUGAAGCUGGGAAGUUACAGAGGUUGGUUCUUGUGAUAAUGACCAAGGCCACUGGUGAGGUUUUGGAGAGGUGGAAUUUCAGUAUCGAGACCGAUAGCGAGGUCAUUGAGAAGGGUGUGUCAAGGGAGAAGAGUGAUAAGGAAAUUAUGAGGGAGAUCCAAGCAAUUAUGAGACAGAUAGCAUCCAGCAUUACAUACUUGCCAUGCUUUGAUGAAUCCUGUGUGUUUGAUGUGUUAGCAUACACUGAUAAAGAUAUUGCAGUCCCCUUCACUUGGGUUGAAAGUGACCCCAAACUGAUUGACAAUCCACAAAUGGUGAAAUUGCAUUCUUUUGACACCAAGAUACACAAAGUUGACACCCUGGUAUCAUACAAGAACGAUGAAUGGGACGAGGCGUAGUGAUAAUAAUACCUUCCUUCAGAGCUCUGGGCUUCCAGUAUCGUCUUCUUCUUAUUGCUUUAUUAGAUUUUGUGAAUCGCCCUCCUUUGCAUGAGUCCCCUUUAAUUGGAUUGGAUCUUUUCUAUGUUGAUGGCAUUCAGCAAUUCAGAGGUUUAACAAACUUGCAGGGAACCUUACUUAGUAGUACUAUUGUAUUUUUCGAUCCUUCGCUUAUAACGAAGGUGGUUGACUCACAUUUUGUGAGUUGUGCAAAGUGAAAGAGAGUGAAUGAAUGGUGUAUUGAGUAGUAUCCAUAUAUACAUGUAUGGAUGUUAAAAGUGCAAUUGAAAAUACUCAAAUUCAGUUUGCUACUAUGUUUGCAGCACAGAUAAGUAGUUUUAGAUCUAAUUUUAGUUUGAAGGCUCUUUGGUUCCAUUUUCUUGUUCAUAUUUCAAGAAAGCAGCCAGCCCUAUCUAGUUUGACAUGCUUUUUUCCAUCUAAUUUUGCCAAUUUGUAAGGCCCUGUGUGGCAAAAACCUUGUAAAAGCAGAAGUAUGUCUUACUAAGAGUAAUUAGGCACAAGCAAAAUUAAUUGCGCGGCAAAGACUAAUGAAACAAGAUGAUAAUAAGUAGCAGAAUUAUGUUAACCCAAGUAUUUCGCGUCAAAACCUCAUAGAGCUCUCUCAAAUCACCCCCUCCUUGGUUUCAAGUGCUUUACCGGUAACCUGGAAAGAACUUCCAGACUCGAUGCUCCAACAAGGGACAGCUCCAAAUGCUGUAUUAUUGGCUAGAGUGGUUUCUUGGGAAGUUUGGGAACUUGGUGGAUUUCAGCUCUCUGACCUUCAUAAUUACAAUGUCUGAAUGUCAUUUGUUGGUGAUGGAGAUGGCAGUCUCAAUUCUUUUCCCUGAGAUUUUACAGCAGAACGUAUUGAAUGUUGUUGCUUUUGGCUAGAACCCCAUUGGUGCUAACUUUAAUUAUUUUUCCAUCAUUUCUGGGAUAUGGAAAUGGGCAUGGCCUGUGUCUGGUUGCCUUGGAGUCUUGUUCUUGUGGUUUAACAAAAGUUCACUUGCAAAAGAAAAAAAAAAAAAAAAACAAA